CAGGCUGCCAGAAGGGCAAGGAGGUGGAAGGGAAUUGCAACUAGAAUUUAUGGUGUUAUGAUUAACACGUUAGACGCUAACUGCAAAUGAAGCCUUGAAUGCCAAGUUGCUCAUAGACCCACCCAGCAGCUUGGCCUGGGAGUGACAGAUGAGAGGGAGCAAAGGGCAGCUGGGUGGGCCUGGAGCUAGCUGGGUGUGCCCCAGGCCUCUCCUCAUCUGUAGGCCUCACCUAUCAAGGCUUUCUUUCUGGGCAGGGCUGAGGAUUCACUCACUGCCCACGGCCAGCCGGGCAGGGACAGGAGAAUGAGAGGUCUCCGCUGGCGGUACACUCGGCUGCCCAGCCAGGCGGAGGACACCCUGUCUGGGGAGGAGGGUAAGGAAGAGGAAGAGGAGGAGGAGGAGGCAGCUCCAGCCUCAGCUGCUGCUCCUGAGGAUCCCACGGUGCCCCAGCUGACAGAAGCCAGCCAGGUUCUGAGUGCCUCAGAGAUUAGGCAGCUCAGCUGUCACUUCCCACCAAGAGUCACCGGCCAUCCCUGGAGUCUGGUCUUCUGCACGUCAAGGGACGGUUUCAGCCUGCAGAGCCUGUACCGGCGGAUGGAGGGCUGCAGUGGGCCAGUGCUGCUCGCACUCAGGGACCAGGACGGGCAGAUAUUUGGAGCCUUCUCCUCCUCGGCUCUCCGACUCAGCAAAGGCUUCUAUGGCACCGGCGAGACAUUCCUCUUCUCCUUCUCUCCACAGCUGAAGGUGUUUAAGUGGACUGGAAGCAACUCUUUCUUUGUGAAGGGAGACUUGGAUUCACUGAUGAUGGGCAGCGGCAGUGGCCAGUUUGGGCUGUGGUUGGAUGGAGACUUGUUUCACGGCGGAAGCUACCCUUGUGCAACCUUCAACAAUGAGGUGCUGGCCCGGCAGGAGCAGUUCCACAUCCGGGAGCUGGAGGCCUGGCUUCUCAGCUGAUGGCCCUGUGGCAACAGGUACUCAGCCCUGCUUAUGAAUGCCACUCAGGCCUCCCUGACACCCGUGCUCUCCGAAACACAGACGGUGAAGGGCCCUGGAGUGGGCUGUGGCUGCUGGCCAGCCUUCUUGUGGCCUGGGGACCCAAUAUACAGGUGGGGGCAGGCACUGCUCUUUUGCAGAGGUGACUCUGAAGGAUUAAAAGAUGCUUACACCCUACCCAAGCAGCACAGAGUUCCUCAUAAACAUCAUCAUUUUAGAAGUUCUACAACUAAUUCAUGUUUAUAGUAGAAAAGCCAGAAGACAUUUAAAAAAAUUAAAACUGCCUAAAAUUAAACCCUCCAGAAACUCUUAACAUAUUCAUAUAUAUCCUUCCAGUGUUCUAUGAAUAUGUACAUGAGUGUGUAUAUUUACAAAAGUGGGAUUUUACUCUGUAUGUGUGGAAGUGAUUUUAACUUACAGAAUGUUGUCAAACCUUGGACACCUGGGCUUGAGCACUGGAACUAAGAAAGGCUCUAGCAGCGUUGUUCUUCCUCUGGGCUGCUCUGGCACGUUGAGGCCCUUCUGCCUGCCACCAGUACCGGGUGCCUGUGACUCUGUGAUUUAAUUUCAGGAUGAAAGUAUGAAAGCAGCAAAUGAAUAAGAUGCACAUUUGGACAAAGAGGGCAGAACCUUUGUAGACAGGAACCUCAGGAAGGUUAAAAGGGAGGAAGGUGCAUGUUUUCAGGCACAACUGGGUCUUGGAAAUCUAAGAAAAAUCCAUUUCCUUUUCCAUGCUAGUGUCUGCCUCCUGGCAAAGAAAAGAUUUUUCACUAUGCUGCUAGUCACCAGCGACUGAAUGAGGAAAACCAAACACCACAGAACCUGUUAAAUACCAUCCCCUCCCACAGACCCAACAGUGCUGAGGUACUAAGACAUGUCUGGACAGAUUCCCAUACAAAACACAUUUCCUCAGCACAGAAGGGUCAAACUGGACACACCGUAGUAUGAGAAAAAGUGGUGAAGGAACACACCUUUCAGGAUGGAGAUACAUUCAUGAAGCUUUAUU